AUGAAACUGUGGAAAUCGAAGAAGCCCAUUGGUGGCUGUGUGCCCGGAAAAUCGGCCGCCCUAAAGCAGGACCAACAGCAGCAGCAACAACAGCAACAGGACUCGCACAACAACUCCUUCAAUGGACACCAUCAUCCGCCAACGGACACCGCCUUGGCGCCCAUGUUAUCCGUUGACCGGGCGAUGAGUCCGGCGCAAUCGGAGGACUCCGGAUUGGCACCGGAAAGGGGAACCACCUACGCCACCAUCACUCUGCCACGGAAUGCCCUGCAUUUGGCCAUCACAUUCGCAGAACGCAACGAUCUGUCGUAUCCGCCAGUGGUGGGCUCCCUAAAUCCGGUGGGUCAUGCGGCGGACUUCCUGGCGCCCGGCGAUCGUCUCCACCAGAUCGACGGCAUAUCGACGAUUGGUUUGAGCAACCAGAAGGUGAUGAACAUGCUCUGCGCUGGAGGAUCGGAUGCGUGUCCAGCCAUUGUGGAGAUCGAGUACUCUCUGCCCGAAUGCACAGUUUCCCAGAACAGCCUUUGUGUGACCUCGAAGCUGGCGCAGAUCACCGUGGAGCGGGAGAGCGGAUGCCUGGGCCUGACGUUGAGGGGCGGCGCCGACUACCCGCUGAUCGUCACCCAUGUGAGGCCCCAUGGACCAGUCUAUAAGACCGGUCGCAUCAAGCCAGGCGAUCGGUUGCUGCGCGUCGAUAAUGUCUCACUGAUUGGCAAGACGCUGGCGGAGGCGCAGCAGAUCAUCAAGUGCGGCGGUCAUGUUUCCGGCUACACCAACCUGACCAUCGAGUACGAUGUUUCUGUGGUGCAGAGCGUCGAGUUCUCGAUGGGACCGCUGCUCAUCGAGAUCGAGCGACCGAUGAACGACAAGUUGGGCCUGGUGCUGUGCAACUAUACGGCGGCGGUGCCCGCUUCCGGUUCCGGUUCCAGUACUCCUUCCAGCGGUGAGAAGAUCGAGGAAUCGGCGGGCGUCUUUAUAGCCAGUAUCCUGCCCGCCAGCAUUGCAGAUCGUUGCGGCGCCUUAUCCGUUGGCGAUCAGGUGCUCUCCAUCGACGACACAAUGAUCGAGCAUACCGCCUUCAGUCCCGACGAGGUGAUGACCAUUUUGGACACCAGCACGGGUCGCGGCUACACGCAGAUGCAGAUCAUGCCCGCUCACGCGCUGGCCCGUCGCGGUCAUACCGCCUUGGGUAGUCCCAAGUACAGCUUUAGCACCCUGGAGUCCCGUAAAUCCUCGACGGCCGGUCGCCAGCGUCAGCGUUUCGCGAGAAAAAGUUCCCUGCCGCUGGAGAAUCCGGCAUGCGGCACUCCAGGUUCCACGGGAGGAUCGGUUGGUACUGGUGGCAUCCAUGGCAGCAGCAGCUUGGGAAUGGGUCUGGGCCUCUGCCGGGCGGAGAGCUUUCCCGUUCUCCUCGAUUGUAGCCAUGGAGCGGGCAUCAUCCUAUCUGAAUCGGGAUCCGGAUCUGGAGGAUCGGGUGCUGUAGCCAUUGCUCAAAUUGUGGCGGAUUCGGUGGCCGAUCGUAGUGGCUGCAUUCAGGCAGGAGAUCGCAUCGUGGCCAUUAACAAGAUGUACAGCUUGGAUGCGGCGGCCAUGAGGCAAUUGCUCGAAGGGGGAUCCAGUCGCAAUGGAGCGAGCAAUGGAACGCCGGCCAACUGGCUGGAACUGGAGAUCGAGUUCGAUAUGCCGGAUGCCGUGGUGCCCGCCAGUGGUGUCUUUAGUGUCAAAUUGCUCAGGGCCGGCAAAUGUGGACUGGGUCUGAGUGUGAGUGGUUCCAGUCAUGGUGGUCUGGUCAUUUCAGACGUGAAAAUGGGCAGUCCUGCCCAUCGCAGUGGCUCCCUGCGAUCCGGGGACAUUCUGCUGGCCGUGGACCAGCAUCCAGUGCAGCAUUUCAACGUGGACGCGCUGCUCAAGGAGGAGGGCAGAUCGCAGAAUCCCAGCCACAGCUCCUCGGACUUCACCACGCUGACGAUCAAGCGGAUCGUCCUGCCCGACUUCCUGCCCAUGUCCAGUCCGAUUUACAGCAAUUGCCCGGCGAGUGGCAUCAACUUGGGCAUGGGCAUGGGUGUGUCCACCAGCACGGAUCACGAUCUUUACAGCAGUGCCUAUGUGACGGCGGGCAAGUAUGCUGACUGCGUGUCCCUGAAGUCGAGGACUCCGCAACCGGAUUACUUCCGAGUGCCCAGCAUGGACGAUGCCAGUCUGCAGUCCGUGCAGUUGCGGUCUGGAUCAGGCUCAAAUGGAGGUCCCCAGGCGGGUAACAGCUGGUCCACCGGGGUCAACAGUCGAUCAUAUGUGGCCCCACCCAAUACGCAGAGUCUGACCACCGAGUUGCCCGAGGAGGAGGACGAGCAGGAGCAGAUGUAUCCCGGAUACGAGCUCAAUCGCUAUGCCAGUGUCGACUGCACCGCCUUGCCUCCGCCCAUGGAGAACAAGGUGUACGGAUCGGCGGCCAGUUCGAGCAGCAAGAGCAGCGGGAGCAGCCUGCACCAGAUCAUCUUCACGGUGCGCUUGGAGCCCAAGGGAGGAUUGCUCGGCAUUACUUUGGCCGGCAGCGAGGAUAUCACCAAGUCCAUUACGAUCAGUGGCCUCGUAGAGGGUGGCAUUGCCCACAAGAAUGGCCAGAUCCACGUGGGUGACCAGCUGCUGGCCAUCGAUGAGCACUCGGUGCAGGGCAUGCCCCUUUCGCAUGCCACCAGUCUGCUGCAGAAUCUCGGCGAUCUGGUCGACCUGAAGAUCCUGCGCAGCCACGAUCUAGCCAAUGGCAGCCAUCUGCCACAGACGCAGGCCAUCUAUGCCAAGGUGCAAAGGCGGCCCCGGAGUCCGUCGGCGAAUACGGAGGCCAGCAAGGAGUCGGGCAGCGGGAAUGUCAACGGUGGCGGAGCAGCCAAUGGCAAUUCGGGCAGUGGAAAGCCCCGGGUGUUUCAUGUGACCCUGUACAAGGACAAGGUGUACGAUGACUAUGGAUUCUCGGUAUCCGAUGGACUUUACGAGCGAGGCGUAUUCAUCAACAGGAUUCGCAGCGGAGGUCCUGCCGAUAUGUGCGGUCUACUGAAGCCCUUCGAUCGGAUCAUGCAGGUAAAUGAGAUGAAGACGCAGGACUUCGAUUGCUGUCUUACUGUUCCGUUGAUCGCAGCCGCUGGCGAUAAAAUCGAGAUGAUCAUGCAGCGCUCUGAGUGAUGCUUUUGCCCGAGAUCCUUAUGUUAAACUAGUUGUAUGCUAAGCUAAUCCUAAGUGCCAUUGCUAGCCCAUAAUAUUAUAUACUACAUGUAUCCCUGUAUUCUUUAACGAGCGAAACCUGCACACAAACAAACAGAAAAACCCCUACCGUCAAGGACAAUUGGAGCAAAACAGUCUGCCAUAACCAAAUAAUGUCCUCUCUAAGAUAGAUCUGCCAUAAUUCUACGUUAAUUCUACGCUAAACUUUGUUUUCUAGCAAAUAAACAAUCGUACCGAAAGUUUGUUCCAAACUAAACAAUCAAAACUAUGAGUAAUUCCAUUGCCUUCAAAGAUUAGAAAAUUUC